GUCAACAACGUUCUGCUUGUGCUGGCGGUGACGUGUUGUGAAAAGUCAACGUCGAACUUUGUUGUUCGACUUUUAGUAAUUCAUUAUGUCCCCGUUCAAUGGAAUUUCUACGUUUCUUCUAGUUAUUUUAUACCUUUCAUCAUGUUCUGCACUUUACUUUCAUAUAGGAGAAACAGAGAGGAAAUGCUUCAUAGAAGAAAUACCUGACGAGACGACAGUUAUUGUGAACUACAAAGUUGAACUUUACGAUCCACGCAGUGGAGGUUUCAUGCCAUCCAGUCCUGGAAUUGGCAUGCAUGUGGAAGUCAAAGACCCAGACGACAAAGUAGUGCUGUCACGAGUUUACAGCUCAGAGGGUAGAUUGUCCUUCACUUCUCACACCCAUGGAGAACAUGUCAUUUGUUUGUAUUCAAACAGUACUAAGUGGUUCAGUGGAACACAACUGAGGGUGCAUUUGGAUAUUCAAGUAGGCGAACAUGCUAUUGACUAUGCAAACGUUGCUCAGAAGGAAAAACUGUCAGACCUUCAGUUAAGAGUUCGUCAGCUGUUGGAUCAAGUAGACCAGAUUUCCAAAGAACAAAAUUACCAACGGUAUCGAGAGGAGAGGUUCCGUAUGACAAGUGAAAGUACCAAUUCAAGAGUUCUGUGGUGGUCUAUCAUUCAAACUGCAAUUCUUUUAGUUAUGGGAGCAUGGCAGACCCAUCAUUUGAAGAGCUUCUUUGAGGCAAAGAAAUUGGUGUAAAUUAAUUAGAUAUGCCAGCUGAAUGUGUUUUGUGGUUUCAAAAUUUGUACUUGGUUCUGUAAAAUCAUUCUGACAAGCUCAGUUUGAUGUUGUGAUAUUCAUUCAUAGCAUUCAUUGCUUACAAAUCUGAUUCAUUAACUCCCUUGGAAAGUUUGUUUCCUUUUCCUUUACUUUUUCGGUACUUCUUUUAAAAAUUAAAUGUUUAAGGAGGGGAAAUGUGUGUGUUUUGUUGGUUCUUUUAAGAUAAUCAAGUCACUAAAACAGCUUAAAAAUUUAUUGUUUUUAUUUCAAAAUCUGUAUAUGGCUUUUUGGGUGAUUGACUUGUAAAAUGUUAUUUGUAGUGUGUCAUCUGUUUGGAUAUAUUUCUCUUUAACCGACAUUCGGUUUAUUUAUGCUGUAUCCUGUAAGAUAUUAUUGAAUUGAUACACUUUGGGCCUGAAAAUACUGUUCCCCAGUUUGACUUCUGUAAGGGAACCUCUGUAUUUAAUGGAUGCCUUAAAUCAUUUCUGUCAGUUCUGUGUUCAUAUGUGACAAGGUGUUUUUCAUUGCUUCUACUUCUCGCCGUGAGAAUUUGGGUUUGGUCCCAACCAUUCUUUAUUACCUCUUAGGAAAAACAAGACUGCAGACUGAUAGAAUAGCAACUAAGUGAUUCUUUUUUCCUUGUAAGUCAAAGCUUAAAGUGAGUAGAGAAGAGUGAACACACUCGUGAUAACAACAAUAUAUGGAACGUGUCAUUGUUAAGAAGGAUUUAUAUCUACCAAUUCAUUAAUAAAACCAACCCAAAAAAGUAAAA